AACUCGGCCAUGUCGUGUUGAUCAGCGCUGAGUCUGAGAGGACUGAAUUCAGCAGAACCGACCCGGUUACACCGAGCGCAGUCCGGCAGAGCAGCCGCAGGGGAUUUAGUGCACCUACAGGAGGUGUUCGUGACCUUUAAAUUCGUAUUAGUCCCAUUCGGGUGGAGUAGGAGAGACAAUGAGCGGCGGCGGUACUCCGUACAUCGGCAGUAAGAUCAGUCUGAUCUCAAAGGCCCAGAUCCGUUAUGAGGGAAUACUUUACACCAUCGACACCGAAAACUCAACCGUAGCACUCGCUAAAGUCAAAUCCUUUGGCACUGAGGAUCGCCCCACGGACAGGCCAGUGGCUCCUCGAGACGAUGUCUUUGAAUACAUUAUCUUUAGAGGAAGCGACAUCAAAGACUUGACUGUUUGUGAACCUCCGAAGCCCAACUGCUCCCUGCCCCAAGACCCGGCCAUUGUUCAGUCGUCUCUUGGCUCAGCACCGGCUCCUUCCUUCCAGCCCGUGAGCUCCUAUGCAUCAGGACCGUUUGGACGGGCCCCAGCACGUGCAUACAGCCAGUUCCCCACUCCCCUAAUACCUCAACCCAUUGGGGCUCCUGUGCCUGCAGGUUCAGCGUUCAGUAGUGACACAAGUAUUGGUGCUUCUCUGCCCCAAAGCACCGUCUCCACAGACCCUCUGAGCUCACGGAUCCCAGAAGGACGCACCAGCCCAUUCUCUGCAGAGAAUUCUCUUAAGAAGAACCCAACCCUUAACCCGCCGGCGCAUCAUGCACCGGUAGCGGCGCCUGCUGCUCCUGGAUCUGUUGGACAGAGGAGUUCUGGAGGUGGUAGACCCCCACCCAGCUCCCAGAAACAACCCUAUGAGAGCCGAGAGCAGAAGGCUGUUGAUGCGGAGAAGGUUCCUCACCCCGAGUCGGACCAGGGCAGGGCCGAAAACCGCGACGCCGGCAGACGACAGCCAGGCGCCGGUGGUCCUCCAGUACGAAGGGGUAGAGGAGGAGGAGGAAGCGGCGGAGGCGGCGGUGGAAACCAGCGAGGCCGGGGUCGCUUUAAUAUGCGCAGAGACGGUCCCAUGAAGUUUGAGAAGGACUUCGACUUCGAGACCGCCAACGCCCAGUUCAACAAGGAGGAGAUCGACCGCGAGUUCCAGAACAAGCUCAAAAUCAAAGAUGAGAAGGCCGUGAACGGGGAGGAAAAGGGAGACUCGGGCGUAGAGACGCAGAACAGCGAGGGUAACGUGGUGGAGGACGACCCACUGGGACCGCACUGUUAUUACGACAAGUCCAAGUCCUUCUUUGACAACAUCUCCUGUGACGACAGAAAAGACAAAGCUGGAGGUUUCAGGGAGAGGAGGCAGACCUGGGCCGAAGAGAGGAGGAUGAACGCCGAGACGUUCGGGAUCCCGCUACGCCGGGGACGUGGUGGAUAUCGGGGCAGAGGGGGCCCCAUGGGUUUCCGCGGCGGGCGUGGACGCCCGUCCGGACGCGGCUCUUUCGGACCGCCCCGGGGUAACCCUGGGUUCAGAGGCGGCUACCGUGCAGGAAGGGGAGGCAGAGAUUUCGAGUUUGAGUACCGGAAGGACAACAAGGUGGCGGCGUAGAUCUGACAAGCUGAAGUCCCCCAUCCCUCCUCCCUCCCUCAUAGACACUCUGCCCUAAACCCAGUGCAGGUCAACACCUUCCAUGUGGACUCUUACCCUCCCUUUUGCUCUGCUCCCCUUUUUUAGGGUAAAAAAAGAAAAGAAGAAAAAAAAAGAAGAAGAAAAUCACUUUCUUACGGCCACAGAGGAGCGAGGACUCUGCGUACAGCUUCGGUGGAAUCACUCUCUUCAGUAUUUUUGCGUUUUCUUUCUAAAAGGACAGUUUAAACCCAG